AUGCGCUGCCAUAAGUUUUGGGGACCAUGUUCGGUUGGAUUUUAUCUUUGUGCGGCCAUGCUUUUCAGAGGAUCCCUGCAGGGAGAAUACCAGAGGAGGCUGUACAAGGAGCUGCUGGCUAACUACAACCGACUGGAGAGACCUGUGGUCAAUGACUCAGCUGCCAUCCUGGUGGAGCUUGGCCUCACACUGCUGCAGAUCAUAGACGUGGAUGAGAAGAACCAAGUGCUGAUGACAAACGCCUGGCUGCAGCUGUACUGGACAGACAUCUACCUGAGCUGGAAUCCAGAAAACUACCCUGGUGUCCAGAACCUGCGAUUCCCUUCGGACCAGGUCUGGACCCCCGACAUCCUCCUUUACAACAGUGCGGACGAGCGGUUCGACGCCACCUUCCACACCAACGUGCUGGUGAAUGCGUCGGGUUACUGCCAGUACAUCCCCCCUGGCAUCCUGAAGAGCACCUGCUACAUCGACGUGCGCUGGUUCCCCUUUGACGUGCAAAAGUGUGACUUGAAGUUUGGCUCGUGGACGCACAACGGCUGGCUGCUGGACCUCCAGAUGCUGGAUGUGGACACGUCUACCUACAUACCCAACGGGGAGUGGGACCUUGUGGGUGUGCCAGCCAAGCGCAAUGAGCUGUACUAUGAGUGCUGCAAGGAGCCCUACCCUGAUGUGACGUUCACGGUCACCAUGCGCCGCAGGACGUUAUAUUAUGGCCUCAAUUUGCUCAUCCCCUGUGUGCUGAUCUCGGGUUUGGCCCUGCUGGUCUUCUUGCUACCUGCCGACUCUGGAGAGAAGAUUUCUCUGGGCAUAACUGUGCUCCUCUCGCUGACUGUCUUUAUGCUCCUGGUAGCAGAGAUCAUGCCCGCCACGUCCGACUCUGUUCCUCUCAUCGCCCAGUACUUUGCCAGCACCAUGAUGAUUGUGGGAAUGUCUGUGGUGGUGACAGUUAUAGUCCUGCAGUUUCACCAUCAUGACCCUCAGGGCGGCAAGAUGCCCAAGUGGGUCCGGGUGGUUCUGUUGAACUGGUGUGCCUGGUUUCUACGUAUGAAACAACCUGGCGAUGAGCGCAAGCGACCUGGUUACAAGUACCGUCACUCCUCCCAGCACCACUCCAGCACCAGCUCCAUAGAGAUGGGCACUGUGCCGAGCCUCAGUGUGCCCCUCUCUCAGACUUCCUGCCCGCCUUGCCCCACAGGCACCUCCAACGGCUCCAUGAGCCUCUACUUCAGCAACUACCACCCCAUAGAGAGCUCACACUGCCCACCUUCGAGCGACUCCGGGGUAGCACUAGCGGGACGAGCCCACGGCUCCCCCAGCGAUGAGGCUGAGCCACCUGGAGGGGUUGGCAGUGUCGGAGGCCUGGGGAUGGGAGUUGGAGGGGGGAUGGGCAUCAGCAUCCCCCCACCAGAGAUCCAGCGCAUCUUGGAGGAGGUGUCGUACAUAGCCCAGCGGUUCCGGGACCAGGACGAGGCUGAGGCCAUCUGCAGCGAGUGGAAGUUUGCAGCGGCGGUGGUGGACAGGCUGUGCCUGGUGGCCUUCUCUCUCUUCUCCAUCAUUUGCACCUUUACCAUCCUCAUGUCAGCACCCAACUUCAUAGAGGCUGUUUCAAAAGACUUCACAUAG